GCUCGGUGCCGAGAGGCAGGCGCUGCAGGCGUGGGCACCGCGCACGCGCGGAGAUUGGCCCCCAGAGAGCGCGCGCCGGCAGGAGUGUGGCCUUGCGUCGCGUGGCGGCAGGAUGGGCUUCUCGGCCGCGGCCCGGCUGUGGGGCCCGCCGGGGCUGCUCCUCACCUUCGUCCUGCACCCGGCUCUGUGCCUGCGCCCAGCCCAGACCUCGGCGCCCCCUCACCGGGACUACUGCGUCCUGGGCGCGGGGCCCGCGGGCCUGCAGAUGGCCUACUUCCUGCAGCGGGCCGGGAGGGACUACGCGGUGUUCGAGCGCGCCCCGCGGCCCGGCAGCUUCUUCACGCGCUACCCGCGCCACCGCAAGCUCAUCAGCAUCAACAAGCGGCACACGGGCAAGGCCAACGCCGAGUUCAAUCUGCGCCACGACUGGAACUCUCUGCUCAGCCACGACCCCCGGCUGCUCUUCAGACACUACUCCCGCGCCUACUUCCCCGACGCGGGCGACAUGGUGCGCUACCUGGGCGACUUCGCAGACCGGCUGGGGCUCCACGUGCUGUACAACACAACCAUUGCCCACGUCACUCUGAACAAGGACCGGCAGGCCUGGAACGGCCAUUACUUCAUCCUGACCGACGGGAUGGGUCACGCACACCGGUGCAGUGUGCUUCUUGUGGCCACCGGUUUGUCAGUCCCCAACCAGGUUGACUUCCCUGGCUCUGAAUAUGUAGAGGGGUACGAGUCUGUGUCCGUGGACCCCAAGGACUUCGAGGGUCAGAAUGUGCUGAUCCUGGGGCGUGGGAACUCUGCCUUUGAGACAGCAGAGAACAUCUUGGGUGUCACCAACUUUAUCCACAUGCUGAGCCGCUCCCGGGUCCGACUGUCAUGGGCCACUCACUACGUAGGAGACCUCAGGGCCAUCAACAAUGGCCUGCUGGACACCUACCAGCUGAAGUCCUUGGAUGGGUUGCUUGAGUCUGACCUGACGGAUCUGGCUGUCGUGAAGGACCGCGAGGGCAAAUUCCACGUCACCCUGAAGUUCUUCCUGGAGGAAGGCAACCAGAGUGCCGACGCCAUCACCCUCCCCCAGGACGACAGCGACAACUUUGCCAUGCGCGUGGCCUACGACCGGGUCAUCCGCUGCCUGGGCUGGAACUUCGACUUCUCCAUUUUCAACAAGUCCCUCCGACUGUCUUCUGGGGGUGAGUUCAGCAAGAAGUACCCGCUGGUCAAAGCUAGCUAUGAGUCCAAAGGAAGCCGGGGCCUCUUUGUGCUGGGCACCGCCAGCCACUCUGUGGAUUACCGGAAGUCUGCCGGGGGCUUCAUUCAUGGAUUCCGAUACACAGUGCGUGCUGUUCACCGCCUGCUGGAGCAUCGCCACCACGGCGUCGCCUGGCCCUCCGCCCAGCACCCCAUCUCACAGCUGACCAGUUCCAUCGUCCGGCGCGUGAACGAGGCUUCUGGGCUCUACCAGAUGUUCGGUGUGCUGGCCGACGUUGUCCUGUUGAAGGAGAACGCCACGGCAUUUGAGUACCUGGAGGAGUUCCCCAUGCAGAUGCUGGCCCAGCUGGAGACCAUUACAGGAAGGAAGGCCAGGCAUGGGCUCUUCGUCAUCAACAUGGAGUACGGCAGAAACUUCUCUGGCCCCGACAAGGACGUGUUCUUUUAUGACCGGUCUGUGGGGCACACGGAAGACGCCUGGCAGUCUAACUUCCUCCAUCCCGUCAUCUACUACUACAGGCACCUCCCCACCGAGCAGGACGUGAGGUUCCGCCCUGCUGACUGGGCCCUGCCUCGGCCCACCGCCAUCCACCACAUUGUGGAAGAUUUCUUGACAGACUGGACCGCCCCGGUGGGGCACAUCCUACCUCUGAGGCGCUUCCUGGAGAACUGUUUGGACACCGAUUUACGAAGCUUCUAUGCAGAAUCCUGCUUCCUGUUCACCCUAACACGCCAGAAGCUGCCGCCCUUCUGCCAGCAGGGGUACCUGAGAAUGCAGGGGCUCCGGGGGACUGAGAGCCUCUGGCGGCACGGAGUGGAGAGCGGGCUCCUCCGGGACUACACCAUUGUGGGCAGGCGCCGUGAGGACCAGGGCCAGGGGCCACUAAGUAGCUCCCAGGCCCCAGAGCCUCCGGUCCAGCCCCUCGACAGCAACAAGGAGGAGCUGUGACCGCCAGGUGGCUCCCAGCCAGCCCUCUGUUCCACCGACGCAUGGUUGCCAGAGACCACUCAGAUCAUCACGGUGACCAAGGCCACUCUGAGGGGUGGCCACGCAGUGGUCUCCCCUCUGGUCUGGUCCUUGGAUGCCUGGGAGGCGGGAUCCUGAGAAGGGUAUCCUCCGCCAGGUGGGAGCCGCCUUCCACAGCCAGGCUUGUCUGCAAGUGAACUGUCACUGGGCACCAGGCUGGCUCGGUUCUGUCCCCAUCAAGUGCCCAGCGGUCCCAUUUCCUUCGGGUCUACUCGUCGGAUGAACCGGGCAGACCAUGUCACAGGUGGCACUGUCCUCAUUGUCAAAGGGUUCAUGGCAGGCACUUUAAACCGAAGCGCUAACAUCCUCAACCCUCUGGGGCGGGUGGGACUGUUGCCUCUGAUGAAGACAUCAGCUCAGAGAGCUUCUUUGACUCCAGACUCCCUGUCUGGGUCCCCUGAGGCCUGGGCCACUCUGCCUCACCCUGCCCCCACCUCAGUUUCCAGAACCCAGGCUGGGCCAGCCCAGCUUAUCAUCACAGGCCCGGCUGCUGUCACCAGGCAGAGACGGGACAAGCUCCUGCAAAGCCACCUUAUCUGCGCGGGUUUCUGCCUGAGCAGCAGGACUCAGAGCUGCACCCGCCCCAAGACGGCACUCCUUGACGUAUCUCCAGCAUCUGUGUCUUCUCUCUCCUCCCCGGCACCUUCCCUUUGCCCUGCUGCUGCCCUCUGAACUCCUGAACGACGCCUUGCCUCUGGUCUGCCUGAGCAAGUUCUGUAAAACUGUCCCCAUGUUUGCAGGGAGGAUUCUUUCCAAGGGGAUUGAUGUGCUGUUUGUACAGGGAGCCUGGCUCAGCGUGUGCAAGGAGGCACUUCUAACUGCAUUUGUGUGACGACGACAAUGCCUCUUUCUGGUUGCCUUAGCUGUUCUCAGUCUUCCUCCUCACCGGGAAUCCGCCCCCUUCCUACACUCCCGUCAGGCACUUUCGUCCCAAGUAGGAGUAGGCCAUGGAAAGCAUUUGUACAGAAAAUAAUCACGGUGAUUUUUUUCAAAGCCCAGGACCCUAGAUGAUUGCUUUUUCAUCGGUUCUUACGGGUCCCUGUAUGCACUCAGAAUUCGAGGGACGCGGGCUUUCUGGAUCCAUGGCCCUUUUCUGGAAACAUCCACUUGGCCUCAACCACCAGGCCCACUGCCUGUCUGCACAUACCUCUCCCUCCAGUCAUGUUAGACCAGUGACACUUGGCAGCCCGAGCCUGCCGGGGAGGUGCUUACCCUGUGACAAUACUUGGCAGAGCUUCCCUGGGGACAGAAGCAUCUAAAGAUCUCUCCCUAGUCCCCGAGGGUUGGGUUCACCAUAUUUCUUACAGAUGAUAUGUAAACCAGAUUUGGGCCCCAUUACCUACCCACCCCCCACCGCUUCCUUUUCCAAGACCUUUUUUGAAACAAAUCUUUUCACUAGGACUGUUCCCAUAACGUCAAACCCUGCCACACCCAUCACACCUCACCAGCCACUGAAGGCAGCUGAGCACCUAUCAAAGUUCAAGGUGCUGCAACAGAUGAUUCACAGACGCCUAACUGUGUGACAUCUGCUCCUCGUCCCAUCACCUGCCAAAUUGUUCAUUCCACCAAAAUUUCAGCCAGCCUUGUUUGUGUUUCAUAAGGCAUGGCUCCAUGGUUCAGCUGAGUAGAGAUGCCUUCCCUGGUAUUCUCCUUGUAAAACUGGUCAGUAAUUUGGAAAAGAAAUCUCAUUUCGAAUCCCUAUUUCAUACUUCAGAAUUAAUUCCAGAGCAAUUUUUAAAAAGACUUUAUUUCAUAGAGCACAACUAAGCAGAGCAGCAGGGAGAGGGAGAGGAGAAGCAGGGAGCCUGAUGCGGGGCUCGAUCCCAGGACUCCGGGAUCAUGACCUGAGCCAAAGGCAGACGCCUAACCGGCUGAGCCACACAGGUGCCCCAAUUCCAGAGCAACUUUUAAAAGCCAUACAGAAACGGGAGGUGACAAGGGGGCGUUAGAGUAAAAGAAAGGACUGUCCAACUUCAGAAGCAAUGGGGUAAUUCCCCAGAGGAGAAGGUUUAACAUUUCCAGUCUACUUAAUUUUUUUAAGUUUUUACUUAGAUUCCAGUUACUUAACAUACAGUGUGAUAUUAGAUUCAGGUGAAAUUUUUCUUUCUUUUUUUUUUUUUUUAAGUAAUCUCUGCACCCAACGUGGGGCUCGAGCUCCCAACUCCGAGAUCAAGCACUCCGCUGACCGAGCCAGCCAGGCACCCCUCGCCCAUACUUAACUAAUGUGACCGUUUAAAGAAAAGGAUAAAAAUUCAAAGGCAGACAGCAUGGGUAAAAUACUGACAGCAGAAUACAAUACAUAAAAAUAGUAAUAUCUUUAUUACUCAACCGAUUGUGGGAGUUAAUGAGGAAAAAAAAUAAGAGAAUCAUGGGACAUUCACCCAAUAAAAUAUUACACGGCUCUCAAAACCUCUCAGAGAUGGUGAAAGAGCAUACCAUAAAAAUACAUGUGUGACAAAGCCAAGUGAAAAGAAGCAGACCAUGAGACUGUAGUUGUGAACUACUUAUAACUAUGUAAAACUAGAAAGCCACAGACGGGGGAGACUCUGGAAAGGACAUCUCACAAAAUGUCAACAGUAGUUAUAUUAGGUUUGUGGAGGCAUUUUUCUUUCCUUUUCCUUUGUCCAAAUUUGUGGUUACACUCCAUAGUGAAAUAAAUACAUUUAUUUUUUAAAAAAAUCAUCUCUGCUCUUGGGAUUUAAAAUUGCUGGGGGCAAGAGGAGCAGGGAGCCCUCCCAGGGGACAUGCUCUGCCCGGUCCCAGUGGUACCCAUGGUUUCUUCCCUCUGCCAAGUCAGGAAGACACCGCGCCCAGUGUCGGGGAAGAUGUGCCCCCCGCCAGAGAAGGGAAUUUUAAGCGGUGUGUGCUCCUCUCCUACAGUCUUUGGAUUGACUGACCCAGCACAACCGAGGGGAUCUCUGGAAGAAUCUUCCCUCCCAAGAGACAGAAAAUGAAAGAUAAAAAAUCCUCACUUUGUGGAGGUCUCCUGGGUGUAAUCUCCAAUCUGUAGAGCCCCAAAUUCCUUUUGUUCCCCAAAUAAAGAUGGGGGUAUAGCUAAAGUCUGUCUAGAAAGUGAAUCACCAAGUAGUGAAUUUGUCUGCUAAACUACUCCUAACAUCUAAUCAUUUACUGCAUAUUUACUAUGUACCCAGAACUGUGCUGUGGUUUUAAAAGAUAGGCUCACAAAUUCUUUGCUACUUCUCCUCCAAAGAGCUGGAGCUCAUUCCCCUCCUUGUUGGGUGAGAGCAGGACUGAGUGAUUCACUAAGAGCAAACAGAGGAGACGUGACAGGAUGUUAUUUUCAAGAUUAGGUUAUAAAAAGACUGUAGCAUUCACCCACCAAGAGGCUGUCCUCUCAUCGCUCACUCGGGUCAUGUUGCAAUGACAUCCAGGCAUCUAUGGAGAGUUCCUUGUCCACGUGGCAAGGAACAAAUACCUGCCAAGAGCCGUGUGCACAAGCCUAGAAGCAGAUCCCACUCCUAUCCAGCCUUUAGGGGACUGCAGUGCUGGCCACCACCUUGAACGCAGCCUCUCUCUGAGAGACCCCCAGCCAGAACCACCCAGCACAGCCGCUCUCUGACUCCUGAUCCACAGAACUUUGAGAUAAUGUCUGUUGUUUCACUCUGCUAAAUUUCAGGGGUGGGGGGGUGGAGGGCUGGAGGGGUGUUUUGUUACACAGCAAUAGAUAACUAAUGCAUGCGCUAGAUAGCUUACCUGCAUUUUGUCACCACAACCCUAAGAGAUAGAUAAUCCUAUCCUAUCCCCCAUUCCUACCCUAGUCUCCCCAUUCUUACGUCGAGAACAAUCACACAGCAGGUCGGUGGUGGUGAGGUGCUUUGAAAAUCCA